AAAUAGUUUCCAGCAUUUGACCACCAAAACUUCUGCUGCCUCCGUCGCUGAUUUUGCCUAUUUCUGCACUGUAAGAUUAUAAAACAUAAAUUAUUGACGGUGUUAAAUUGAAUAUUUAGACAUAAGCAUCGAAACGGAACUAAAAAAAAAAUAGUUAUUUUAAUUCCGUUCCGGAUCUGGAGCCAGAACGGAAAACCGUUUUGCUGAGCCCUGGUUUACAAUGAAUUAAAUCUCAAAUGCUGGCUUCGUUGUUUGGGGCCCGAGAGUGCCGGGCCCUCCUUAGGGCCAGGAACCUCAUGCAGAUGGCGACAAAAAUGUAUAGCCAUAUCAAAAAAUCUGCGGCUUCCAAUAAAUCCUUCACUAUGGCGGAGGUCAAAAUGGAGAUGUUAAAGCGGUUUGGCAUAGAACCAGGCUACACUCAGCAUCCAAAAUCUAGGGAUUACCUCCUUGCUUACCAACCUAAAUUGGAGGAGCUACCAGCACGAACUAUGCAGGAUUCCUUUACCUCGGCCAUCAUCCCUUUAAGCUCGAAUCCCGUGCUGCAGGACAUGUACAUCAAUUAUACUGGCUCCGUGCGCUUUGGUCGGCUCCUGGAGGACAUGGACUUCUUUGCUGCUUGGUGCUGUCACAAGCACCUGAAACUGCCCAAUCUGCCGGAGGGUGUGCCUCUGCCUUUGUCUAUUGUGACCAUCCUGGUGGACCGCAUCGAUUUUAGCGAUGUUCAGGCGUCUGGUACCCAGGACAUCCGUCUAUCUGGUCACGUCUCCUGGGUGGGGACUAGUUCCAUGGAGGUGGUGGUGUGGCUGGAGCAGAUGGUCGAAGAAAAGUACCAAAAAAUUACGCGGGCUCUGUUUCUGAUGGGGGCUAGAAACGCCACCAACACGGCUUCGGCUCCUGUAAAUCCCAUACAGCCAGCCAAUGAGGAGGAAAAGGUGAUCCUGGCGAGCGGUGCAGAUAGAAAGAAGCAACGACAGAUACUGAACGCCCAGUCCGUCUUCAAGUUGGAACCUAAUGCCCAGGAGGAGUCGCUAAUGUACGAGCUUUACAAGAGGACCACUGCACGCAACACUUUGGAGCUGAACAAGCGCAUCCUGCCACCCAACUGCCGCUGGAUGGAGGACUCCUUUCAGAUGAGCACGAUUCCCUCGUUUCCGGAACACAGGAAUAACCAUAACCGGGUCUUCGGAGGCUUUCUUAUGAGAAGUGCCCUGGAGAUUAGCUGGGCAGCCGCAUUUCUGUACUGCAAGAGUCGACCCAAGCUGGAGCACAUCUCGGACAUAAGUUUCGAGAAGCCCGUGAGCGUAGAUAGUUUCAUUAGGAUGACUGCCUAUGUGGUGUACACCAAGAUGAACUGCGUCCAGAUUAUGGCCGUUGCUGAUGUGCUGGACCCGGAAACCGGCAGCCAGGUGACCACCAGCGCGUUCAAUUACACUUUCUCAGCUCCGGAUGCGGCUUCAGUCGCUGAGGUGAUUCCUCGAACCUACAACGAGACCAUGUGGUACAUCCAUGGCCGCCGGAUAUUUAAUGCCAACAGGGCUUUGAAGUCGUAGGACUUUGAUAGGUAAACAAAAUUGAUUUAAGUUUCCAAUAAUAAGGCAUACAAUUUUUAAAUUACUUAAAGCGAAACUAUAAUGAAAUAUCAAAAUUAGUAACAGUAAUUAAUAAACAAUUUUUUUACAAGGUUUGGUUUAGGAAAUUAAAAAAUGUUUCAAUUUUAAUUUUGGGUUUGCUUUUGAUGGCAAAUGUUGAACUCUCUUAUUUAAGACACGGAAGGUGACCCCGAUUCAGUAUUAUUGAACUUAGCUAUACCCGAGAACUCUAGAAAUGAAAUCAAUGUUUAGUUGAAUUCCCUAUCAAGCUCUUAGUUAAUCCCUGGUUUUUAUUUGGAAAGCGGUCUACUUGUACAUGCACAAUUUCGUGGAGAUCAUGACCAUUCCCAAUGUUCUGG